AAAGCGCUUUAGUCCGUCUCCAGAGCGCACGGACCAGCAGCAGGGAGAGCAGGAGAAGAACAGAGGUGCAUAUUUUAAACACCGAUGUAGAGUCUGUUACGUUUACACUUUGCUCUACGUGCAGGAGGUGAAUCUGUCUUUAAAAGCUUCGUGUGUCCUCGGCUCCUUGGAGGUUCGUUUGGGGGCCGAAUUUACCGGCGGGUUCCGUUGAUCCAAAGUGACAGAGGCGCGGAUGUCAGCGCUGCUUCAGAAGCGGAGCCGAGCGAUUGUUUCCUAAAAUAGGGCAAAGGACAACCGAGACCUGGCUUCCCGCUCCAGGUUUGGUUAAUUCAAAAGGACAGAGGAGAGAGAUUAAGAAGCGGGGAGAGGAGAGAGACUUGUAAGCGGGACUUACACCCGAGGAUCCAGAGGAUGGAGAUUUAAACUCUCAACCAUCGUCAGACACCCGCCCCCUUUGUUCCUUUCUUUUUAUUUAUUAAUUUUUUUCUUUUAAAUUAGAUUUCCACUUUUGAUUUUAUUUAUUUAUGUUGAUGGCAGCCGGGAGCCGCGUGACUCUCCCCGGGGUUUUCCGCUCGGGCUGCCGGGGAAAGAGAGAGCCGAGAUCAGAGAGCGGUGCCGGGACCCGAGCUAAGCGCUGAGCGCCUGAGAGGACAGACUCGGAGCAGGUCCUGUGAGUGUAACUGUGUGUCUGUAAAAUGGCGCUGCCAGCUAAGCACGUAUGAUUGGACAUGGAGGCCGUCAUUCCAGCCAACUCCACACAGGACGAGCUCCCACCCGACGAUGACGCCCUUAACGCUGCUUUCCUCGAAUACGACCCUAACACUGGUGUCGCUUCCCCGGCUCUGCCCACAUUGGCAUUUGAGGGAGUGAAUUACCUAGAGGACCCCAUCAGCCUACCGAGUGUACAGGUGGUGUUGAUCCUGGCCUACAGCACCAUUAUUGUGCUGGGAGUUCUGGGUAAUUCUCUUGUCAUCUAUGUCAUCUACCGCUUCAAGACGCUGCGCACUGUCACCAACUUCUUCAUUGCUAAUUUGGCUGUUGCCGACCUGCUGGUCAACACUCUGUGCCUCCCGUUCACCCUCGUCUACACCCUGCAGGGUGAGUGGAAAUUCGGUAGCACCCUCUGCUUCCUGCUGCCCUACGCCCAGGGGCUCACCGUGCAUGUUUCCACGGUGACGCUCAACGUCAUCGCCCUGGACCGCCACAGGUGUAUCGUGUACCACCUGGAGACCAGGAUGCGUAAGGACGUGUGUUUUGCAGUGAUAGCGUUGACAUGGGUGCUGAGCGCCAUCCUGGCUAGCCCUCUGGCUAUCUUCAGAGAGUAUGGCUCUUUCACACUGGAGCCUGGACAUACCAUACAGGCGUGUAUGGAGAAAUGGCCUGGGACAAACACAGAUGGCACCAUCUACAGCAUCUCCAUGCUUAUCCUGCAGUAUUUUCUCCCCCUGUCCAUCAUCUCCUUUGCCUACGCCCGCAUCUGGUCCAAAUUGCGUGGUCACGUCAGUCCAGCAGAGAGUGGUGGCAACAGCAGCGCCGCCUCCGAACGUCACCGCCGGCGCCGCAAAACCACCAAAAUGCUGGUGACUAUGGUAGUGGUGUUUGCCGUGAGCUGGCUUCCCUUCCAUGCCUUCCAGCUGGCCACCGAUAUCGACAGCACGGUGCUGGACAUGCGGGACUUCCGCCUGCUCUACACCGUCUUCCACGUGAUUGCCAUGUGCUCCACCUUUGCAAACCCGCUGCUUUACGGCUGGAUGAACCGCAACUACCGCGCUGCCUUUCUCGCUGUCUUUAAAUGUCGCAGUGGCGGCGAGAGGGGGAGGGGUGGCCGACUGGACAGCAUUCACCCCGCUGGGGGAGGGGCAGGAGGAGGAGGCGGAAGGGCGAAGAAGAUAGUCCUUGAAACGCAGGAUGUGGUGUCUACACGCCUGAACGCCACUGAUGUGUGAGAUCCUGAGGAGGGAUGGAGGAGAGGAAGAGAUGGAAGAGAAAGGAAGGAAAAUAAAACUCUUUUGUCUUCUGGGAGACAAAAGAUUGCACAUGGAGAUGGAAGAAAAGAAGACCUAAAGAUGUGUGAGAAAAUAGAAACGGCACGAGUGAGAGGGAGCCAGCGGGGGGAUUAAAAAGCCCAAAAAUAGAGGAGAAGGCGGGGAUGAUUGGGGAUUAGGAGAGGAAGAAGAAUGACAGGAGAAGAGAUGAAGAGCUGCUGAAUAACUCAAAGUCUUCUCAAACAACUGAAACGGCAUCUUUCUGAGGACAUGACCUUGCUGUGAUGGAAAUUUCCCACACUGUAAAGACGUGCUUCGAGGAUGAAAUUAUGUUUGAAGGAUCUGUGACACUUAAAAAAAAGUGGGAAAGUCUGUAUGGAGAACAGAUUAAGAUGCCAAUUUUUUGUGGACAGAAAAAAAUGACCAAAAGAAAUGGACUUUAAAAUCUAGUCAGAACAGGGCUUUGUCUCCAUCUUCAUUCCACAGAUGAAACGUUAACUCAAAAAUAUAAUCCACAGUGGCUUACAAACGGGCUCUCUUACAGAAAGCUUAUGAAAUUUUAGGCCACUGUUAAAUCGAAAAUUAGAAGAAAAGCCGGGGGAAAAAUACAAUUUGAAUGCAUGAUGCAACCUUUGAGAAAUCUCAGACACUGUUGUGAAAUUGUGCGUUUACUGUGGAUUAUCUGACAAAAAAGCCAGAUUGGAGGAGGGAAAAACAGAAAACAUGGAGGUGGUCAAGAAGUAGAUGUGGUCAAAUGAUUCAUAUUAGAAGGGAGAUGCUUUGUUGUCCUUUUUUUUAAUUGACGGAGGAUAGAGAGCAAGGGAAUCAGAGACAAGGGCGGAAGCUGUAACUGUGAUAAAGGGAUCAGUAGGAGGAAAAGACAAGAGUGAAAUGUGGGAUAAUGAGGCAACAUUUACAAAAAUGUAUUUCAAAUGAACUGUAUCCAAUUUAGAAAGAAACAUAAGAGAAAGGAUCCUUACUUUCAAGCUAACACACGAAUGUUUGAAUAAAAUGAAAACCUGAGUGAUUUACUUCCUUCUCUUUGAUCACUUUAGCACCUUAGUGAAGCCGUAAAUUUAUUACAUCGCGACUUCAAUUUUUCCAGUUAUACAGACACAAAGACCAGGUCAUCAUUUUAUGCUUCUAAUAUUAAUCUGAUUUGAUUCAUCUGUGCUCAGUCUACCAAGACUUUUUAUUGAAACUCAAUUACGAAUGGAGGAAAUAUCAUGAAAGUAUGAUCGGCCACAUUAAAGCAAAGCUCAUUACGUAGAUAUGCCACUUUUUCAAUAACUUUAAUGGAUGCUUUGAAUUCCAAAUAACUUCCACAAGUGAAUACUUUAUUCAUAGACUUUUACAUGGAUUUAGGGCAUGAUGUUUGCCCUGCAGAAUUUAAAAACAAAAAGCUUAACUUGUUUUUUAUACUUGAUUAUAAUUAGGAUUUUUGAGUUUAUAGCACCACUGAAUCUCUGAAUGUUUUGGGACAAAUCUUAUCAACCCUUCCAAACACAGUCAAAUCAUCAGAACACUGUUACCACUGUUCUGAUGAUUUUUUUAGUUGCUCAAUCCAGGUCGGUUGGACAUGAUGGUGGCUAUGCCCAUGUUUUUAUACUGUCUGUGCUCUAGCCUGAUGGAAGAAUAAUCCCUGUUUAUUCCAGCGUUACAAAUUUACCCUGUAUCUACUUAUAUUGUUGUAUUUUUAGAUUUCAACUACACUGGAACAAAACUUCCAAACUUCAACCAAAUGGUGGCCUAGGCUAAAUGUAAUGCUGUGUUCACCCUGUGUUUACAUGAAACCACACCAAGAGGUACCACAUCUAUACAUUUAAAAAAGUUUUCAAUUUAGUUGAAAAAUUUGAAAGCCUUAGAGCUGAGAUUGCCUCAUAGACUCUGAUGAAGGACAAACCAAAGCUAAACGAUUCAACUUCUCUUAUAUGCAAACAAAACAUAAAAUGGGCUUUAAGUGAGCAAAGUCAUAGGACCUCUUGAUAUCUUACUUACUGAUGUUGCAGUAACUUCUUUCUAGUGCUCUGUUACACUCUAACUCUUGUUUGUGAGGCGAAAAUUCACCUUGAGUUUGAUGUUACCGCACCACUGGGGAUAGGGCAACAUCAUUACAAGAGGCAGAGUAGGGCCUACCCAAUCCUGCAUCAACUCUGUAGAUAUGUCUCUACACUAUCAACAAGCACCUGAGCUUUCCUUGUGACCCAUCAUAGAACCAAAACAUCUAGAGCCGUCAGCAGACUGAGUUCACUGUAAUUCUAAAGGCUCCAACAACACUAACCUUUGUUCAGGCCUCCCUAAAUAGGGUUAAACCCAGGAACUCCUAAAUGCUAGGAAUACCUAAUCCACAUCUUUUUAAAUGGAACAUUUCAAGCAUUGGUUUGAAAGUAAACACUAAAUUCAGCCACCUGGAAACUGUGGGAAAAUGGAGACCUACUGCUUGGUUCUGCUGGAGGUGGUCUUUAACAUUUCAUGCUUAAAAUUAGCAUCUUUAGAAGACUAUGGUUAUACACUCUUGGAAAUAAAUUUAAUUUAACUUAAGUGAACCUAGCCACAAUAGAUUGUUUUUCCUAAACAUCUGUUCAAACAAACACAUGAAAUAUCAUGGAAAAAAACAUUGUCAUCAUGAUUUCAAAGCGUAUUCCACAAAAUCGUUGUUUACUGCAGCUCGUAUUUUUUCUUCAUUCAGUCGACUGAUUGCGUACCUUCCUUGGUAAGCCUAUGGCACAGGAAUAGAAAGAAGGUUCCUCCAGUAAGUUGAAACAAUUGGGAAGAGCAGGUAGUUAGAGAUAUCUUUAGGCCUCAGUCAGGCAGGUCUUUAGAUCAGCCCCCUGACCCCCCUGGGAACACCAGAAAAAACGUAUGGUCCCUGAUGGGUUGGUGAGUGGAUGCUGGCUAUUGCUACAUGAAACUGAUGUUGCAUCAAAAACCUCAUUUGGCACUGGUUCCCAGCAAAUUACAGUGGUUUUCUGUGGUUUGCACAUUAGAUGCCAGCUUGUCUGUGUACACUCAGCAAGUACUUGCCUAGUCAUGCCUGGGCUUGAAACUUAGUUUCUAUGGAAACGUAGACCAUGCACCUUUACCAUAAAGGUUGCACCUUUUGAAACAAGUUAAAAACUUUAAACUACUAGGUAAGGUUUAGUCAAAAACAUCUUCGUGGUUAACUUGCGGAGUUAAAAAAUUUAACUUAGUAUGGUUCCAAAUGAACUCCUUAGUGGUUCAUUGUGAAUGUGAUCUGACCUCAAUCUGAACCAACUACCAGGUGUACUUUACAAGUUUGAUUUAAUAAAAAAACAUCCCAUAGUCACUCAUGCUUUGUAUUCUCAAUUGGAAACCAACUACUGGCAAUAUAUUUGACAACUUAUAAUGGCCACCGAUCAUAUUGACAACAUUCAAAUUGGGUGGUCUGCCUCUCUCUGGUUAAUAUGGUGGGUUUCUGUGUUAAGUUAACAUAAAUAAAAGGCUAAACUUACUGUUUUGGAAAGGUAGGAAAUAUUGAUGUUACUUGUGGGAAAUAUUCCUAAGUGUUUCCACACAUAAUGUUUGCUCUUAAUUUUGUGUUAAUUAUGAACUAAUUAGUUCCAUUGUUCCAAAUGUUAUUACCAAAGGUUGUUUCUGUAAGAGUCUAAAAUUUAAUUGCCUAAUUGAAAUUCCAACUCUCAGUUUUCCCCUGGCAGAAGCUUUAUCAACAUACUGAUUGGCUGAUUGAAAAAUGACCUGCAGAAGGUGAAUACACAUCAGAGAUACAGGCGUGUAAGAAAACUAAUCAAAAGUAGACAAAUGCCAUCUUUUAAAAAGC